AUGAACAAAGUAGGUGAUGAGAAAUCGUUGGAAACAAAAGAGUUAAGAUGGGACUAUAAUACUAUAAUUACCGCAGAUACCUGCAAAUCUUUAAGAUGUUAUAUAUUUACAAUACUAGAAAGCAGAGAUGGCUCAAUUUCUAUAUUUAUAUUUAUUUUAACAUUAUGUUUAUAUUUCAAAACAGUGAGUUUAAUCAAUUCUCAUACUCAUAAAGAUC